AUGUUGCGCCCUACAGACUCUCCCAUGCCAAUUGGCGUUGGUUUCCUUCUUUUGUCUUUCGGAGCCACGUUUGCUUCUGCCGUUCCUUACCAAAUUUACCAGCUUAAUGAGCGAGAAAUCAACACUGAUACCACUACAACUGAUACCUUCGUUUCUACAACCACCAGCUCCGUCGCGCCCAUUGACGUCCUUCCUACAAGCUCAGAUGUUGUUGUGAUCAACACUGAGACUUCAACCAACAAUGACGCUGUUGUCGUUGACACAACUACCGUUGCUCCUCCUGUGAUUGACACUCCUACCACUAUUGGCCAGAUUGUUGGCACCACGAGCGCUGAGAUUGCGCCUGUUGGUACCGAGACAUCCGCUAUUGUGGAUGUGUUGAGCAGCACUGAUGCUCCUGUCGUGAACCCUAUUCCUACUACAACUGAGGAUCAAACUACAUCGAACUGGAUCCCUCCCGCUGGUACGGAGACCGAUGUCGCUGGCACUCCUGGUGCUAGCACUGAUGUCCCCCCUCCUGUUGGUACUGAGACUGCUACUACCAAUAAUGCUGUUGAGCCAAUUGGCACGACUACCAACACUGAUCUUCCUCCUGUUGGUACUGAGACUGCUACUACCAAUAAUGCUGUUGAGCCAAUUGGCACGACUACCAACACUGAUCUUCCUCCUGUUGGUACUGAGACUGCUACUACCAAUAAUGCUGUUGAGCCAAUUGGCACGACUACCAACACUGAUCUUCCUCCUGUUGGAACAGAGACUGCUACUACCAAUAAUGCUGUUGAGCCAAUUGGCACGACUACCAACACUGAUCUUCCUCCUGUUGGUACUGAGACUGCUACUACCAAUAAUGCUGUUGAGCCAAUUGGCACGACUACCAACACUGAUCUUCCUCCUGUUGGAACAGAGACUACGAGCGACGUCCCUGCUCCUGUCGCCGACACCACCACAAACUCUGCUGCUCCACUUGGGGCCGAGACUAUCAGCAGCGCAAUUGAUCCUGUCGACACGACCACUGAUCUUCCUGCCCCUGGUCCUGAGACCACAACCACCCAAGCUCAGGUACCCGUCGAUACAACUACCUCCGCUGCCAUCCCUCCUCCCAACACAGACACCAGCGCAGAGGUGCCCCCUCCCGAAACCACAACCAACAACGUGGAGCCUCCUAGCACAACCGCUCCCGUCAACAACAUCCCCAGCACCACUGAGAAGGCCUCUGAGCCCAGCGACAAGCCCAGCGAUGUCCCCUCAGCACCCGUCACUGCUCCUCCCCAAGAAGCCACUGCUGCUGCUUCUCAGGCUCAGGUCACUGCCUCAGAGUAUAACUCCAAGGUCGACGACAUCAUCCCCAUCAUCGUCGCCUGGACCAAUAAUCCUGAUGGUCUCAAGACAGAUACAUUGAACAAGGUCAACAACUUGAUCGAUGGUGUCAAGGGUGCUAUCAAGGACCUUGGUGGUAAUGAGUCCGGUGGCUGCCCUGGUAAGCGACGUCGUGGACUUCUCGACAUUGUCUCCAACGUCAUCAACACCCUUUCUUGCGUUGUCUCCAACUUGGAGGAUGUUACUGGCAAGAUCACUGGUGGUAUAGUUGAAGGUGUUACUCCCAUCGUUAGCACUCUCACCAACAACAGCAACGAUCUUAAAGAUCAGAGUGAGGAGGAGGAUGACGAUGAUGAUCAGUCCAAGACUGAGAAGCAGGAGUCCAAGACUGAAGAGGAAGAGUCAAAGACUGAGGGGACCAAGACUGAGGCUAGCACCACUGAGAAGCCUACUUCUACUGAGGCCGAGACUACGACUUCUGCUGCGACGACGGAGACUACUGGGUCUUGCAAGAUGAGGGAGACUACCAGUAUUGCUGCUGCUUCUGAUACGCAGCCCAAGACGUCGAUCGCUCUGCCUCCCACAAGUGCUGACGGCGCUACUGGCAGUGACAUGUCUGCUGGCCCCUCUGAGACUGGUACUUCUGACGUGCCCACUUCGACCGAGGCUGCUGAUGUUACUACCUCCAACCAAGGUCCUGAGUCCACAACUGUACCUGAGACUUCUGUCCAAGAGACCUCUACCAAGUCUGUCGAUGAGACUAGCACCGCUGAUCAGACCGUCAAGACUGAAGAGACCACCAAGGCUGAUGAGACUGACACUUCAGCCCCGGCUACCACAAGACCCAGCACUCUUCUUACAACAACACGCCCCUCUGAUCAAACCACCAACACUAUCACCUCCGGCUCAACCGAGGACAUCACCACCGCUCCAGUGCGCACAUAUUACCCCUGCGGUAUCUACGGCGGCCCCCGCGUUACAUCAGCGUACUGCCAAUGCUCCACCACCGUCUCGGGCAAGCAGUACAUCGCGACAGCUACACUCAUCGACAACAAGUGUGAAGCGUAUACCGAGUAUCCCUCCAAGGUCGAUCCCGCCACCGAAGCUCCCCCUCCUACGCAAGCACCCAUCAACGAACCUCUCACCAAGACCAUUGAUGGAACUGUCCUCGCGUGGACUGCCUACACUCUUGCUUAUGGUCAAGUAUACAAAGAUGUAACAGCUACUUUCUCCAAUGGUAUCGGCGAGGUGAAGACAAUCGCUACACCAGUUCCUACACAGACACACGUCGACAACGAUGGUUCUGGUCAGUGCGGUACAAGCGAUGGACUCUCCAAGUCUGGUCUCGGCGAUGCAUGUGACCGCGCCAUUGGUGAAUUCGACGACGAUACUAUCUACACUGGCUACACUACGCGCUACAGCCGGUCCAAGAAGGGUCUUCUGAUGGUCAUGUCGAUGGGACAGGCUGCUUGUAUUGCCAAGUUUAGCUGUGAUGACUAUGGUAUUGGUAUGAGCGGUAAGCUUAUCAAGGAAGCACGUGAGAAUGCCAAGAGCAACGACAACAUUUGGAUGUGUGGACACAUUGAGUUGUCGAACUCUUGUAAAGUUGUUAUGGAUUAUUGCACGAACUGUAAUAAUGAGGGUUAA